AUGCCAUCUGAUGAUGAAGAUUUUGGAGAUCUGACGUAUGAUCAGUGUACACGUAACAAACGACUGCUGACCAAAAAUCUGAACUAUGAUCAAGCUGAUGCACUAGCUAAAUUGAAUGAACAACCAUCGCAAGAUUUAGUUCAUCAAAUUGGUGCUAUACUCGAUUCGUGGUUGAAACAGCUUAGAAAAUUAGAAGCUCUAGACCAGCAAAUUCUCGACCUACUCGAUCCUAAGGCCUACAAAGAUGCCAAAGAGCUGGAAAAGGCUGAAGAUGAAGUUGUGAAACCCUACAACGAUUCUCGAAAGAAAUUCAACGAAGCCAAAGGUUUGUUGAGUGCAAUGGCAGCUCGCAUCAACAAAGCUGAUCAAGCUGCUCAGCAAAUGGCUAAAGCUCGUAAAUCCAUGGAUUCGUCAUUCGUUGGUGAAAAUAUGCUCGGAAACCCGCUCGCUAAACUACCAGACAUCAAAGUGCCUAAAUUCGAUGGUGAUAUUACCAAUUUCACUGAAUGGCAUUCGAUGUAUGUAGCAUUGGUUCAUUCGAACGAUAUGCUGCAACCAGUGCAUAAACUCUUCUUCCUCAAAGGUGCUCUCAUCAAGGAUGCCGAAUACCUCCUCAAAGAGACACCAGUGAAAGAGGGUAUGUACGAACUCGCAUACCAAGCAGUAUUGACUGAAUAUUUCAAUGUUCGAGCCAUUAUUGCUGCUCAUUUCGGUAAACUACUCGAUAUGCCGUCAAUUACGUCAUCCACAUUACGCGAUUCGAUCAGUAAAAUUCGAGCACUUAUCAGAGGUUUACAAACAUGCGAUAUCGAUGUUGCGAAGAUGUCUCCUCUCAUAACGUUCAUCACUGUUCGAAAACUGCCCGAAAAACUUCGAAUAGACUGGGAAAACAGCAACCUAGACUAUUCCGCAUAUCCCUCGUUCGACUCACUCGAUAAAUUUCUCAGCGCUCGUUGUUUUGCUUACGAAACAGCCAAUCUGAUGUCUUCUACCUCGAAAGCGACACCAGAAAAAACAAACGGCUCUUCAAAGAAGACAAAAUCUACGUUGGCAGUCUCGAGUCCUUCCAGUACUUCGCCGCAGACUACUCAACGAACUCCCUCGACUGUGCUGAAAUGUUUCGACUGCGGAGAAGCGCAUUACCUCUCACAGUGUCCGAAAUUUCAGGCAAAGAACGUCACAGAUCGCGAACUGUACGUUACCUCGAAAAAACUGUGCAAAAAUUGCUUGCGUCCUGGACACACUAGCAACGUUUGUCGCUCCUCAAAAUGUCGCACGUGUGAAAAGAAUCAUCACACUAUGCUUCAUCCCGAAUCAAAACCAGACCCGAAAUCCGAUGACCAGACAAAAGCAGUAGUAGCAAUUCGUUCUGGUAAGGAUGUUCUUCUGCCUUCUGCUGUCAUCAAAGUGCAAAUUGGCAAGAAAUUUGUACUCGCUCGUGCCUUAAUCGACUCGUGUUCACAAGUCAAUCUUGUCACGGAAGCGUUUGUGAACAAACACCAUCUCGUUAAACGCCCAUCUGCGUACAGUCUCGAAGGUAUUUCAUCUCAAACGGUACAUACAAGCUAUGUUGUUUCGUUUACUGUGAAAUCUCGUUUCAAUAAAGCUCAGCUGAAAAUCGAUGCAGAACUUAUUGGCUCACUACCUUACACCAUCGACUCGAAAAUGCAACGACACGUUGCCACGCUCGAACCAGACCUCGCUCUCGCCGAUUCUGAACUUGAAACCAGCCACGUUGACAUUCUCAUCGGUGCUGAAUAUGUCAGUCGCAUCAUGACUGGUAAUAAAAAGUUCGUCGGUGAUCUCGCAUUUGAAGAAUCGCUCUUCGGUUGGCUCACGAUCGGAGCUGUCAAAGUUCCACCUCUCGAACGAAAAUGCUGUUUGCUUAGUACAACAACGCACGACGUACUAGCUAAAUUUUGGGAAAUCGAAGAAGUCAAUCCUCCCAAGAUUACUCUCAGCGAACAUGAGCUUUGGGAAACCCACUUCCAAAGCACACGAAUUCGAUUACCUGAUGGCAGAUUCCAAGUUCGAUUACCUUUCAAGGAUUCAACUGAGAAACUCGCUAACACGUAUCCUCAAGCUCUCAGUGCUUUGUUAAAGUACGAGAAAUCGCCACUUCGACCUCGAUAUACCGAAUUCAUGCGCGAAUAUCUCAAUCUCGGUCACAUGCGUCUCGUUAAAGAUCCAGAUGCAGUUCAGCGAUACUACAUUCCGCACUUACCCGUGUUACGCGAAGACAGCUCGACUACAAAACUGCGCGUAGUGUUUAACGCUUCUGCCAAAAACAAAUCUGGUCUUUCUCUGAACGAUAUCUUGCUGAACGGUCCGAUUCGUCAAUCGUUUCUAUUCAAUAUUCUCAUUCGAUGGAGAAUUUUCCUAAUCGCCUUUUCUGCUGACAUCAAGAUGAUGUAUCGUUGUAUCGGUAUGAACGAAGAUGAUUGUCGAUUUCAAUCAAUCUUAUGGCGUUUCGAUCUUGAUCAACCUGUCGAAGUAUUUGAGCUCACAACAGUGACAUACGGAACAGGUCCAGCCGCUGCCGAUUCUACUGCCUGUGUCAACGAAGUAGCUGACACAGAAGUACCCGAAGAUGAACCCGAAGUGAAAGAAGCGAUAAAGGAAAUGACCUAUAUGGAUGAUAUUCUAUCUGGUGCGGAAAACGUUCAAGCAGCUAUCGUUAAAGCGCAAAAAAUUCACAACGCGCUUAUGAAAGCUCAAUUUCCUUUGCGUAAAUAUGUCUCAAACUCGACUGAAUUUCUCACCUCGCUCGCUCCUGAACUCGUUGAAGAAUUGAAACCAGUAUCGUUUUGCUCUGAUGGAGUUGCAAAAAUACUUGGUCUUCAAUGGUACCCGAACGAAGAUGUGCUGCGUGUUCACCAUCAAACGGUGGAUAUUUCGAAAGUCACUCUCACCAAACGAGUGGUAUCCUCGUUAAUUGCCAGCAUCUUCGAUCCGCUCGGUCUCGUAAACCCCAUAUUGAUUCGAGGUAAAAUCUUGCUUCAAGAAAUAUGGCGGCAAGAUUUGGCGUGGGAUGACCAAAUUCCUCACAAAAUUGAAAAAAGUUUUCGAGAAUACUACCAAGACCUUGAAAAGCUGUUUUCUAUUCAAAUACCUCGCGCUUACUCGACAUUUGCUCCUAAACGGUUCGAAUUAAUUGGUUUCAGCGAUGCAAGUGAAAAAGCUUACGGUGCUGUUGUCUACAUCAAAUCGUAUUCUUCAUCAUCCAUCGCUGUCUCGCUCGUUGCCUCAAAGUCGAAAGUCACACCGAUAAAGGAGCUCAAAGUUCAUCGACUCGAAUUACUCGGUGCUGUACUGCUCGUUAAUCUACUCUCAAAUAUCUCCAAAAUGCUGAAAUACGACGUCUCGAAGUCACGAGUCUUCUCAGAUUCUCAAGUCGCACUCGCUUGGCUGAAAGGUCCAGCAUCUCGAUUCGAUACCUUCGUACGCAAUCGUAUCGAACACGUCAACUCGAUCAUACCGUACGCUCAAUGGAGUUACGUCAACACGAAAGAAAAUCCUGCUGAUUUGGUCACUCGAGGUGUAUCUAUCGAAUCGCUCAUCGACAAUCAACUUUGGCUCCAAGGACCUAGUUGGUUACAAACCAAAGAUACUCCGAAAGUCGAAAUUAGUUUACCCGAGCCACCUGAAAAACGUCGAACUGUAUUGCUGUUAUGUCAAGCAACUACAGAAGCAUUCAUCAGCGAAUAUUCAUCGUACGAAAAGCUGAUUCGAAUGGUUCGAUUGUUUGUAACGUUCUACGCUCGAUUAUCUCGUUACGAAUUGCGAAUUUCGAAGAUCAUGUUCGAAGAUCCACGAUUACCGAUUUACGUCAUCGCUCGAAUUGCUCAGCUUACUUGGUUCAAGAACGAAAUCGAAUCAAUCCAGAAUCAAGUACCUUUGAAAUCUCGUAACACGCUCGCUUCGAUAAGUCCUUUUCUCGAUCAGUUUGGAGUACUCCGGGUAGGAGGAAGGCUUCGAAAUAGUCGCUUCUCUUAUGAUGUAAAGCACCCGAUCAUCUUACACGGACAGUCCGAGUACGCCAAACUACUUGCUCGACAUAUUCACGAAAAAUAUUACCACGCAUCACAAUCGUUUACUCGAUCAUUCAUACUCAGUCGCUACUGGAUAGUUACUGGAGUUCGGUGA